CGCCUAUAAAACUGUUCACAGGACACCUCGAGACAUGGACAAAGGCAUGUAUAGAUCUUUAUAUUCUAUAUUUUUAAUUCAUGGAGUUUCACAUUUGUUAAACCUUCCUAAAGGCCAUAAAAAGCCCGGAUAGAUCUUAUUUCCCAGAGUGACGUCACAGGUGUGUAAACGCACAGCAAAGCGCGGUCAUGUGGCGUCUCGGGAACGGCUACUGUCGGGGAAGCGUACGUGUGAAACCUUUAUGAGAAAUGUGAAUACAUGAAGGCAAUGGUGGGUUUUCUUUUACUUUUUUAAAAAAAUAUUAGGACAAAGGCGGUUUUAGUUGUUUAUUCGUCGCUCAUGAGGAUUUAUUUCAAACUUAUUAUCGAUGUAUUAACGAGAAUUAGAGUGAAAGAAUCUGGAGUUAUAAAAUUACGUUCUGGCCUGACUUUAUUUUAAUAUUUUUGGAUUAUUAUAUUUACCAUACAUUGUAAUUAUAAUGUUAAGUUGGCUUUAUUUGUAAACCACCUACAAAAACACAUUUAAACCAAAACACAAAGCAUAGCAAUGAGACUAAAGUCAUAUUCAUGGCUUAUAUUCAAUGGAAUUGUGUUUUUUUUUAAUCAUCAUAAAAGUGCUUCAUGUUGUCAUUAUUUUCUGGGACAAUAAUAUAUGAAAUCCCUGAGUUCUGUGACAGCAACAUUUUUGAUGAUUUGCAUACAGUAUAUCAGUGAAUGGAAAAUCAAGCAAAAACAACAUCAUUCCUGUAAAAACACAUAUAGCCACGGACAAUUUUAACCUGUAAUGACGUCAUUAUACUUUUCAGUUUACUGUAUUCACUAUCGUUGGUUUUGACAUUGAUUUACGAAUCCAUGGUUUAAAGACGGAGGCUAACGUGCAAUCGGUAUUCAUGAAAUCCACUUGCGCACGUCAGUAGCGUACUCUCAACGUGCCUUUCGCUGUUUAUGGACGCGCCGAGCAAGUGAGAAAGUCGAGAACGCGCACCAUAGAUAUAUAAAGGGUUUACAUAUAUAUAUCUAUAUCUAUACUCUACACAACCCGGAAAUAAACACGGAAAUACACUUUUUUGGUGAGCAACUCAUAGAUGCAACUUAUUAUCAGGGACUUGAUUCAGCUGGGAGUGGUUUGCUCAAAGUUGAGCUUACAUUUCCUUGUUCCCUCGCUCUCAGAUUGAUGAGUUUGAUGAUGGGAGGAGCUCAGACUCUCUCAUCUUUCCAGGAAGCGAACACUCACACAGACAUUGUGACUGAGCAGUGACAUGGCGGGAGUUCAGCUGCAAAGAGAAAGCUUCUCUUGUUCGAUCUGUUUGGAUCUUCUGAAGGAUCCGGUGACUCUUAACUGUGGACACAGCUACUGUAUGAACUGUAUUAAGGACCACUGGGACUCAGAGGAGCAGAGGAGGAGCUACAGCUGCCCUCAGUGUAGAGAGGCCUUCACACUGAGGCCUUCACUGAAGAAAAACACCAUGUUAGCGGAUUUAGUGGAGGAGCUGAAGAAGACUGGACUGAAGGCUGCUCCUGCUGAUCACUGCUAUGCUGGAGCUGAAGAUGUGGCCUGUGACGUCUGCAGGAAGAGGAAACUAAAAGCUCUCAAGUCCUGUUUGGUUUGUUUGGUCUCUUACUGUGAGGAACAUCUCGAUUCUCAUUAUCAAUCACCUGCAUUUAAGAAACACAAGCUGGUGGAGCCCUACAAGAACCUCCAGGAGAACAUCUGCCCUCGUCAUGACAGGGUGAUGGACUUGUUCUGCCGCACUGAUCAGCAGUGCAUCUGUUAUCUCUGCUCUGUGGACGAACAUAAAGACCAUGACAAGGUCUCAGCUGCAGCAGAGAGGACGGACAAGCAGAGCGAGCUGGAGCUGAGUCUAGAUGAAGUCCAGCAGAGACUCCAGGACAGAGACAUGAAGGUGCUUCAACAGGAGGUGGAGGCUUUCAAUCUCACUUUCUCCGCUGAUAAAGCCGUGAAGGACACAGACGAGAUUUUCACUGAGACAAUGCUUCUCCUGCUGAGGAGCAGCUCUGACGUGAAGCAGCAGAUCAGAUCCAAGCUGGAAACUGAGGUGAGUCGAGUCAGAGACGCCGAGGAGAAGCUUCAGCAGGAGAUCACUGAGCUGAAGAAGAGAGAAGCUGAACAGAAGCUGCUCUCGCUCACACACGACCACAACCAGUUUCUCCUCAACUACCGCUCACUGUCAGCACUCAGUCCAUCGACACACUCGUCCACCAUCCAUGUCUUUCCUCUGAGACGCUUUGAGGACGUGGCGGCGGCUGUGGCAAAGUUCAGAGGUCAACUGCAGGACGUCCUGACCGAGAUGUGGACGGACAUCUCACUGGCUGUGGCUGAAGUAGAUGAUUUACUGGCAGAACCAGAACCAAAGACCAGAGCUGAAUUCAUCAGAUAUUCACAGGAAAUCACACUGGACCAAAACACAGCAAACAAAUAUCUGUUAUUAUCUGAGGGAAACAGAAAAGUCUCAUUAAUGAGGGAAAAACAAUCUUAUCCUCAUCACACAGACAGAUUCACUGAUGUGUGUCAGGUCCUGAGUAAAGAGAGUCUGAUCGGACGUUGUUACUGGGAGGUGGAGUGGAGAGGAACAGGAGUUGAUCUAGCAUUGGCGUACAAGAACACCAGAAGAUCAGGGAGAUCAGAUGAAUGUGGAUUUGGAUUCAAUGACAAAUCUUGGACUUUAGUUAGUAACCACAACGGUUGCGUUUUCCGUCACAACAGCAUCAGCGUUAAAGUCUCGGAUGGUUUGUCCUCCAGAGUGGGAGUUUACCUGGACUACAGAGCAGGUCUUCUGUCCUUCUACAGGGUCUCUGACACCAUGACUCUGCUCCACAGAGUCCAGACCACGUUCACUCAGCCUCUCUGUGCUGGAGUCUGGCUUUAUCCUUCACCUGGAGUCACAGCAGAGUUCUGUAAACUCAGAUAAGAGCAGUGAGUUCAACUAUUUGUGUAUCGAUGUGAUCAUGGUGAUAAACCAUGAGACUGAGACUGUGAAACCAAAUGAUUCAAAGAAAGAAAAACAUGAUCUAUCAUAAUAGUAAAAUUCAAGUUUAAUUAAUGAUAAGAAUAUUAAUAAUAAUGAAUGCAUCAUUCUUAUUUUGCCUUACCAUGUCUGAGUUUGAUCAAAUCCAAAGAACUGUGUAAAUGAAGAGGAUUGAUUUGUAAUUCAUGAGUGUGAACAGUUCUUAUUCAAAUGUGAAAUUAGUUUCUUGGGCAGAUGCUGUGGUUAUAAAGUGUGGGAAAAAAAAUCAAUAUAAAAUAACGAUCCAAACAGUGGGUAAAUAUCGUGAUUUUUAUUUGCUAAUAAAAUGGUUAGUAUUUGUUCAUACAUGUCAAAAGAAUCAUUAAAUACACUUUUGUGUCA